AUUUCCUUCGUCUACUUGUACAUGGCAAAUUUUACAAGGUUCUACACCUAAUGAGUCAACCAAAUUGAUAUCAGCCUUGGAAGGGAUCAAAAAUUAGGGAAUCCUAGGCAGAUGUCUCAUCUUACUUAGACAUACAACCUUCAGUGCAAUGUACCGACGAUAUUUUCAUUCAAUAACAGUGUAGUGUAAUGUCAAGCAUCUCGUGUUACAUAAUAUAAUAUCUUGUUGUCUUCUUCUGAUUACAGAACUUCAGAAAGAAGAGAAGUUCGUCAGCUACAGUUUACUGCAUGGCCAGAUCAUGGAGUACCGAAUCAUCCAGCCCCAUUGUUAAUGUUUCUAAGACGUGUUCGAGCUGAAUGUCCCGCGAAUUCUGGUCCAAUUAUUGUACAUUGUUCUGCAGGUGUUGGAAGAACCGGUGCAUUUAUCCUGCUGGACAUCCUACUUGAACAAAUGCGUCAUGAAAAAGCCGUGGAUGUUUUCAGCGCAGUGAGUCGUUUACGCGCUCAACGUAACUUCAUGGUACAAACAGAAGAUCAAUACGCUUUUAUCUAUGAAGCUUUAGUUGAAGCUGCAUCGAGUGGUAAUACAGAAAUACCAGUUCAACAAUUGACCAAUCAUUGGACACGUUUAACUGAUUUGAAUCGGAUCAAGUGUCAAGAUCAUCAUCAUCAAUUGAAUUCAUCGGAUCAAAUCAGUUUGUCAGUGAAAUCUUCUGUCUAUACAAAUUCAACCAUAUCGACUGGUUUAGAACUGGAAUUUUAUCAUUUGCUGACCCAGUCGAAUUUAACCAAGUUAAUUUCAUCUAUUCCAUCAUCAAUUGGACUGUUAUCACCGAUUGAUCCGAUCUCGAAUAAAGAGGAUGAAAGAGGCGGGAAUGGUUGUUCAAGUAUACCACGACUACCACCUCCAAUUGGAUUGGGUAUGAAUAAAACUGGAUUGGCAGCAACUCUACCGGUUAAUAUACCUAAAAAUCGUAACCUGACGAUUAUACCGCAUGAUGCUAAUCGUGUCGCCUUGAAAGCUGUCCGUGGUGUUGAUGGCUCUGAUUAUAUCAAUGCAAGUUAUAUUGAUGGCUAUAGGUCACGUGCUGGUUAUAUAGCGACACAAGCACCAAUGAACAAUACACUAGAAGACUUUUGGCGAAUGAUAUGGGAGUCUGGAUCAUGUUUAAUUGUUAAGCUGGACAGUACUCUGACACCAUCGAUUGAUGGUAAAUUUAUUGAUUCACCAACCUACUGGCCAAACUUACAAUCAGCACGUCAUGGAUUCUUGGUUGUCGAUCCGAUAGCCACAUAUACCAUGCCCGCCUAUAUUAUGCGUGAAUUACGUCUAACAGAUACACGUGAUGGCAGUUCACGAACAAUUCGUCAAUUCGACGCCAGUUGUACAGCAAAUUCAAUUAUACAUCUUGAAAAACAAACCUGUGCCACAUCAAGUAAUAGUAGUGAAUUCCUCGUGGAAUCAUCCCCGUCAAUAACAACAACAACCGGUGGUAUCGGCUGCGGUCGAGGAGCAUCACUAUCACCGAAUCCACUCCUGCUGGAGACAUCAUUUACAGAGGAUGAUUAUCUCCGCGUAAAUCAUAUACCCAGUCAGUUGUUGACAACAUUUCGACAAUGUUAUCAACCAUUGUGUGAAUCAAUGCUUGAGUUAAUUAGUCAAGUACAUAAAACUAAGGAACACUUUGGUAUGGAAGGACCAAUUACUGUACAUUGCAAUUUGGGCGCUGGAAUCACAGGCAUUUUUCUUGCCAUCUCACUUGUCCUAGAACGUAUGCGUUAUGAAGGUGUUGUAGAUAUGUUUCAAACUGUUAAACUUUUAAGAUGGCAACGUCCUGGUCUUGUACAAACUGCUAGUGAAUAUGCAUUCUGUUAUGCUACAGCUUUAGAAUAUCUUGAGUCUUUCGAAAGAUAUACAACAUAAAUAACUAAAUAAAUCAUUUUUGUUUUUCUAAUUACUAGUUACAAUUUAUACUACUGUUAAAAGAAUAUAAGUAGUUUGAUUGAUAUUGUCAAAAUUCAAUAGUGAAUCAACUAUACAAUAUUGAACAUUGUACAUUGAACAAACUAGGCGCCUUUUUUAAAAGAAAAAUUAAAGGGGAAGGUAAUAAAUGACAAGGAAAAAAUGGGAAACUCUAUUAAUUUGCCAACAUCUUUUCGUCUUUGUGUCUUUGAUUUUUCUUUUGUCUUUUUUGGUUAUAUUUCUUUCUCAUUGUGUGUAUUAUUUUUGUACCUAUUGAUGACGAUGAAACGUUACCUUCAAUAUUCACAUCUGAAGUUAGAUAUCCCCUGUCAGCUUAAAUCAUGUCUUCCUUGAUGGUCAGUGUGAAUAGAACACACUAUCACACACCACUUUCCCCUUUAUGUAUGUGUACAUAA